UGUGGCGACCUCAGAAUAAAUAGAUUCUCAGAGAGGAGAGCCAGAGGAGUGGGCUGCAAGAACGGAACAUAACGCAUCCACUAUGAAAAGCUUGGAGGAAAUCCGCAAAUACCAUGUAGAUGAACAUGUGGGCUUUGCUCUGCCCAAUCCACUGGAGGAACUACCUCACUCAUAUGCUGCUUGGAUUUCCAUUGUUAAAAAUCUUCCUGAUCUGAUUGAGAAUGGUGAACUUCGUGCAGAAGUAGAGAAGUUACCACCGAUCAGCAUUGAUGGCCUCUCAGGACACAGGCAACAGCGCCUCGCACGUCUGGUCCUGGGGUAUAUCACCAUGGCAUAUGUGUGGUACAAAGGUGAUGAAGAUGUCCGUAAGGUCCUGCCCAGCAAUAUUGCUAUCCCUUACUGUGCACUCUCUGAGAAGCUGGGGCUGCCUCCCAUUUUGCUUUAUGCAGACUGUGUCUUGGCAAACUGGAAGAAAAUAGAUCCCAAGGGGCCCAUGAGUUAUGAGAACAUGGACGUUCUGUUUUCAUUUCCUGGUGGAGACUGCACUAAAGCAUUCUUUCUCACUUCUCUCUUGGUGGAAAUAGAAGCUGCUAAAGCGAUAAAAAACAUUCCCUCCAUGUACAAAGCACUGGAAGAUAAGGACCAACAUGCUUUGCAGGAGGCACUGCUUCAUAUAAUUUCUUGUCUGCACAACGCCAAGGAAGAGUUUGAAAAAAUUCGUGGCCGUUUGGACCCAGACCAGUUUUUCAAUGUUCUUCGCAUAUACUUGUCUGGCUGGAAAGGCAACCCCCAGCUGCCAGAUGGUCUUCUGUAUGAAGGAGUCUCAGACAAGCCAGAAAUGUUUGCUGGGGGUAGUGCAGCCCAAAGCAGCAUCUUCCAGUGCUUUGAUGUUCUGCUGGGCAUUAAGCAGAGUGCUGGUGAACCAUCAGCCGCUGCAUUCCUCCAGGAAAUGCGAACAUACAUGCCACCAGCUCACCAGAAAUUUCUUCAGUCCUUAGAGUCAGGCCUCUCAGUGCGAGAGUUUGUCCUUUCAAAAAAUGUUGAUAGCCUAACCAAAGCUUAUAAUGAGAGUGUGCAAGCUAUGGUCUCUCUGAGAAACUACCAUUUGGAAAUAGUAACUUCGUACAUUCUGAAUCCUGCAAACAGGCAGUCCAAAAAAACUGCACCUUCCAAAGAGACAUCAGAAGUGGAAGCUAAAGGAACUGGAGGAACCAAUGUCAUGAAUUUUCUAAAGAAUGUGAGAGGUACAACUGAGGAGGCCCUUUUGAAGGUAGAUUAAUGUAACCCAAGCAAGGGUACAUUUUGUCAGGACAGAGAUUAUAUGUGUGUGUGUGUGUGUGUAUGCUCAUUAUAUUAGACUCACAAAUUAAUAUGCUACUCAUUAUAUUAGACUCACAAAUUAAUAUGUAACAAUUUCUGAAUAGUGCAUGAUAAAAGAUUUCAAAAUGUUUUUUCUGAUGUCUGUGAAUUCCUUGCAUGAAAAUAAUAAAAAGCAAUUAUAUUAGAGGUGCUAUGACCUAUUCUAUAUAAUUAGAAUGUAACAAUAAAAGUUGAAAUGAUAUAAUAAAA